UUAAACCAUAGAUAUAUUGUGAUGCAUUUUAUAUUUAUCUAUCAACUGUCUGUCUGAACCUUCAUAACUCGGUUGUUGAGAUUUUGCCGAACUACUAAUUGGUCAGACACUGACUGAAUUUAUAUAUCUUUGGUCACUUUGGUUUCAUCAAAAUGGCCAAUCCAGAAAAAGUCUCAGCUGAAAAUCCUCUACAUUUAUCAUGGCAUGACAGUGCUUGGAUUCCUUUGUUGAACAGAGGAAAUGUCCUCAAAUAUUUCUCCGAACGCAGUAACUCUUUUUAUGACAGCCAAUGCAACAAUGAAAUUAUAAAAAUGCAAGGAUUAAGUCUGGAUCACUUGACGAACAUGACAGGUAUAGAAUACACAUUGCUACAUUGCCAAGAACCAAUAUUAUACAUAAUCAGGAAACAAAUGAGACAUUCACCCACACAUGUGGUGAGCAUUGCUGACUAUUAUAUUAUUGCUGGGAUCGUUUAUCAAGCACCAGAUAUUAAAUCUGUGGUAAAUUCAAGACUGACUUCAAGUCUUCAUCACCUUGAUAGUGCAUUUUCUGAAGCCAUUUCAUAUUCAAGAUACCAUCCGUCGAAAGGUUAUUGGUGGCAAUUCAAUGACGAUAAUAAAACAGAGGGCAAAGAGAAAAAGACGAAAAAAAAGAAAGAAGAGCCCGGGUCAUUGUUUCAAUGUCGAAGAGUAGAUCAAUUACUAGAUAAUCUCACUUCGAAAUUUCCCCACAAAUUUUACCAAGUCCAACCGGGAGGACAGCCAGUUCCACUACAGAAGGAUACCUCUGAAAAUGCAGAUGCCAAGGCGGAAAGGGUCAAUCAACAAACAUCUGCGGAUGCAACUGCGAAAGCCACCACCGGCACAUCGAAUACUCCCGGCAGCAUUACUGUGAAAUCUUCGCAGUCACCAGCACCGAGUGCUACACAAUUGAGAGUAAAGAGUGAGAUGAGCGAAAAUAUGAAACAACCUUUUGAAAAAAGGACUAAAUAUGUGUGACAGAACUGACAAUUGAGAAGGCGUGUAGCCAUGUUAGCCACUAUGCUGCUAAACUCAACACUUCCAAAUAUUUUUGCAUUAGAUAUUUGCUUGUUCAUGAUUUCUUUUUAUCAAUAUACAAUGACCACAGUUCAGAAACAUGACAAA